AUGUCGACCUCCCGCGCGCCUAGCCCUCCGCCGCCGAAUAGUAACGGGAUGGUAGAGCGCUUCAAUGACUGGGAUCUCUCCGACGAGCCCAUCGAUUCCGAGUCAGAGGCGGAGAAGUCCAAUGCCGCCCGCAAGCGCUACCGGCCCCCCAAGUUCAAGACGAGGAGCAAGAAGAGCAGGAAGAAGGCGAAGAACCGGCCCGCAACCUCAACGGCACCCGUGCCCGCGCCCGCUCCUGCACCCGCUCCCGCACCUGCACCUGCUCCCGCACCUGCAACCGCGCCCGCUCCAGCACCUGUGCCCGCCCCGGUGCCCGUGCCUAUGCCCGCCCGCGCCCCAUCGCAUGUACCUCCACCCGUGUCCCACGUCGCCUCCACUUCUGCGCCCACGCCUUUUGCAAAUCCGCUUGUGGCGUUGGCGCCGAGAUACAAGAUCCCAAAGGUCAAGGCCGCGCUACAAGUUCAACAAACAGUGGCGUCUUCCCCAACGCCCGCAUUCUCAUCCACUCAGCCCGCCCUAUCUACCUCUAAAUCCUCAAGUGCGGCGGGCUUGAACAUACCGCCAGGCCAUGUUGCGGCCGUGAAAUGGGGCGACUCCGCAAUCAUCGUCUAUGAUUCGGAGUUCUACCCGCCGGAUCCCGCCAAUGCGAUCUCCAACGGUUCAAUUGGCAAGGACGGCCUCUAUGGCAUAUUCGAGUACUGGCUGCACCCUAUGCCAUUCGACCACACCUCGCCGCAUCUGGCUUUUCUGCGUAUCCCUCGCAAAGGGCAGGAGGAGAUUGACGAGUUUCGACGGGCGUGGAGGGAGGAUCUCGAUCAGGAGAGGCUGAAACCCUUGAGAGAGCAGAGGGAACUGAGAGCGGCGAGGGCGGCGAAGGGUGACGCUGGGACCGUGGAAAGGGGCAGAGAGGGCGAAUCGCACUCGGACGUCCUCAAGGUCGGCUACUUCUCGAAGCCGAGCGUCCACGAGAACGGGCGCAUACAAGUGCACGAACUGUGCAACGACUUCGAGGAGACCGUGUUGUUCCUGCAACAGGUCAUCGGCACAGGUGUUCUGAAGGAGGAUUCGAUCGAGCACAAGCUGCUCUCGGAGAUGACCAUCCCGAGCACGGUCGCGUCCACGAUGUGGAAGGCAUGGGGAUACAUGCACUGGUUUGGUCUGGACAGCAUGGCCGAGUACAAAGCUUGCCAUCGCGUAUUCCAGCGCUCAGCCGCUGAGAUCGACGCCUGGUUGACGUUUUGCGCUUCCGUUCUGGCGCCGCUGUUGCGCACGGUCCCAAAUAACGCUCUUUUUCAGCGGCUCAGCCACGGGCCCUCCCCUCGACGCGGCGCUAUACUGGCGGGUAGCAAUGUCGCGACGUACCAUGCAUUCUACCGCAAGCUCCGUAUCCCGACGUACGUCAGCGUACUCCUGGACGUCGUGACGGCCAAGGGCAUCAACAAGUUCUCGCGCCCGAGUUCGCUUUGCUGCGAAUCGGUGCAGAAUCUUCCGAUGUAUAGAGACCGGAAGAAGAGCUGGCCAGCCGCUUGGACUGUACCCUUACACGCCGAAUGGGCCAUCUUUGAGGCGCAGGCGCGGGGUUACAUGCCGCGCACGCAGGACGACUUCAGUGCCUCCGACGAGCCUGUCGGGGGGAAGCGCAAGGCAUCGAUCGCCGACCAGCAUAGCAAGCGCCUCAAGGUGGACUGCGAACAGCGACUAGAGCGCCUCGAUGACACUUUUCGCUCGAGGCACAAGUCCAUUGGCACUUCGCGGACGAGGUACGAAUGGUUUUCCAGCCAAUCGUCGGCCCUUCGGCGGUUCUACGACUCGCAGGAGAAGAAUCACCUCUGGCUUCCUCAGCCUACCUCAUCGUGUGCGCUUGCGCUCGCGAACAUGCUUGAUCACGUGCAACUCGCGUUCGAAGACGAGCAGGCGCAAGCACAAUUCGCUUCAGGUUAUAGCAGGGAGGAGGUGAUGGUUGAGUCCGAGGAAGAGAGGAAGGAGAGGGACAGGGAGUUGCAGAAGAAGAACGAGAAGAAGGACCCGCUAUACACCUACCUCCCGCCCAUCCACAUCAUCGCCAACGCCAACGACGAUCGGCAAGCCCUCGCGCGCGAUGACCCGGAUAUAAAGCGUCUGGGUACGCGAUCGUGGAAAAAAUUCGGCAACAACCUCAUUAUGGAGGAGGCGUUCUGGGCGGAGGGGGGUGGGAGGAUUGGCGGGCUUCCACCACUACUGGGCAAGGCCUUCGAUAGUAUGCGGAUCCCGGGACAUCGCCCGCCGUGGGGCAGGCUGGCGUGCGGGUGUGAAGCGACUCUCGAGCGUGUCAAGGGAGACAAGCAGCUCAUCGCGUUCGUAUGUCACAUGUUCAUCUUGUGGCACCAGCUUCACAGGUUGUGCAACAUCACGAGCGAUAAGCUCAUGCAGGACGCCGGUAUCAAGGAGUUGUCGGACGAGGGAGGCACUCAUCACACCGCGGACUUUUUCAGCGUCGAGCGCGAGCAUCAACAGUUGCAAAACCCCUUGGUGAUCAUCAGGCAGCUCGUGCUAUUGAGCGAGGAGCUUGACGCGUACGGCUGGCUCGUCACGUAUUGGAACCACGAUCUCCAGUCUCGAGAGUUCAAGAAUCAGUGGCUCAGAAUGCUGGCCAGCCUCCUUGCCCAUGUGAAGCAUCGCGAACAAUUGGAUGAGUACAUGGGCAAGGUGGACUCAGAGCGGGAGAGUUGGGCUCGAUGGGCGACUGGCAGCGUGCUUUCCCAAGUCGAGCCGGCCAAGUUGAUGUUGGAGGAGAUGGCAUCGCUGGAGGAUCACCUCCACCUGCGCCUCGCGCUGACAUUGCUCAUGUGCAAGCAAAUGCCUAUCCCGUUCAUGAACUUGCCGCAGGCAGCAGGCGGAGGCAGAGCAGGCGAAGGCGGCGGCGGCGGCAUGAUUUUCAUGGUCACAUUCAUGAUAGUAACACUCGCCGCCGUCAGCAUCGUCACCACCGACGACUACUACCACCAUCUGCCCCUCCCAGCCGAGUCCCACCUGUCGCGAGUCGGUGCCAGCCGCUAG